AUGAAACAUUUUCGUCGUGAAAUAUCUAACGAUUUGGUUUCAAAAACGUUGGUCGAAAAACGAUCUAUUCAUAACGUUUCAAAAAAACAAACUGUAGCUGUUAAAAAACAUAAACCACAUGUAAAUUCUAGAAUUAGGUUUGAGCAAGCUGCUCAUCAACCUAAAAGAGGAACAAGGAGGAGAUGUGCAAGAUGCAGUACUAAAGAAAAGGAAAUUAGAACGGAGUGGAUAUUUUCAGUAUGCAAUGUUUCUCUGUGUUUGGCAAAACAAAAAAAUUGUUUUGCAUUAUAUCAUAAUUCAUAA